AUGGAAAGGUCUGUAACUCUUAAUCAACAGAAUAAUGAUCUUCUGUUAAAGAACCAUAAUCUUAGACCAACUGGGUCUAUGGCAUUCAAUGAAGCGAAUGCCGUUGAAAGCUCAAACCCACAUGAGGCAAAUGUUGCCCAUAGAGGUGGACGUGGAAGAUUUAACCACCGCGGUAGAGGACGCGGAAACCACCAUGGCCGUGGUCGUGGUCGUGGCAGGGGUUAUCUGGGCCCUAGAAAUAAUAAUCACAAAGGGCAUCAACAAGGAAAUCAAAAGCACACCCCCUCAAAAGAGAAAGACACAUGUUUUAGAUGUGGCAUGACUGGCCAUUGGGGGAAAACAUGCCGUACUGCAAAACAUUUGGUAGAUCUGUACCAAGCCUCCAUAAAAGGCAAAGGAAAAGUUGCUGAGGCAAAUUAUGUAGAUGAGGAAAAUCCCUCAGGGCCAAGCUUUGAUGUAUCUGAUUUCUUCAAUGAUAACCCUGACAGUGUUAAUGAUCUGAUAUUUGGGGAUAAUAGUAACAUAUAA